CUGGUAAGUAGGAGUGUUGGACUCUGGAGGGACUGAGCCUGUUCGGGCCAGCCUGCUGUUCUGUCUCUCCUUUUCUCCAUUUUUUUUCCUUCUCCUCUCUCACUCUCCCUUCCUGUCUUGUCUGUUUAAGGGGCAAAAGACUGGAAAUUCCUUCAAGCUACUUUACUUCAGGUUUCUGUGGGAUUCAAACAUGCACACUGUGGUUUUGCUGCAGUCAAUGCUUGUGCCGUUGGUUCUGAUUCUGCUCUCUGCCGUUGACGACACUUUGUUACAGUCGCUGAGCCAGGUGGACCGUGUGUGCAGGCUGUCCACAGAGUCACUGCUACGUCGCUGCCGGACACCAGAUGGCAAAAUAUGCAGUGGAAGGGGCAAAUGUGACUGUGGCAUCUGUAUCUGUGAGGCUAAAGAGCCAGGAAAGUUCUACGGUCCGCGCUGCGAGUGCCAUGACUGGGUCUGUCCUACUUAUAAUGGACAAAUUUGCAAUGGAACCUGCCACUGUGGAAGCUGCAUGUGUGACACAAAUGAUGGAAAGAACUUAAUAACGGGACGCUUCUGUGAGUGUGAUGACAGCGAGUGUCUGGAUGAGGAUACCGGAGAGAUUUGUGGAGGCCAUGGACAGUGUUACUGUGGAAACUGUUACUGUGCUGCUGGUUGGCAUGGAGACAAAUGUGAGUUUCAAUGUGACAUCAGCCCAUGGGAAAGCAAACGGAGGUGCACAUCCCCAGAUGGCAAAAUCUGCAGCAACCGAGGGACCUGUGUUUGUGGGGAGUGUACCUGCUAUGAUGUGGAUCCCUCUGGUGACUGGGGAGACAUUCAUGGAGAUACCUGUGAGUGUGACGAGAGGAACUGCCAUGCCACCUACGACCGAUACACAGAUGAUUUCUGCUCAGGUCAUGGCCAGUGUAAUUGCGGAAGGUGUGACUGCAAAGACGGUUGGACGGGGAAGAAGUGUGAGCAUCCUCUGAGUUGCUCAUUGUCUGUGGACAGCAGCCUGAAAAAAUGCAAAGGAGCAUCAAGUUUGCCCUGCAAUGGACGAGGCCAGUGUCAGUGUGGACAGUGCACUUGCCACCCACCGGGGGACAAUCGGGUUCAUGGCAAAAACUGUGAGUGUGAUGAUCGUCAGUGUGAGGACAUAACUGGAGAGGUUUGUGGAGGUCACGGCUACUGUUCAUGUGGACGUUGCAUCUGUGAAGAGGGCUGGUUUGGGAAGCUAUGCCAGUUCCCUAGGUUCUGUGACAUGAGUGACGCCCAGAGCAAGGAGGUUUGCGAGACAGCAGAUGGAGUCCUUUGCAGUGGAAAAGGUUCCUGUCACUGUGGGCAGUGCAUCUGCUCUCCACAAGAGUGGUGGAUAUCAGGAGAUUACUGUGAGUGUGACGACCGAGAGUGUGACAAACAUGAUGGCCUCAUCUGCACAGGGAACGGCCUGUGUAACUGCGGCAACUGCGAGUGCUGGGAAGGAUGGACAGGAAAUGCUUGUGAGAUCUGGGUGGGAGCAGAGUACUGAAGAGAGAAGAGCACUGGAGUCAGAAACCAGAGUUGCUUUCCUGACUGAAUGACCCGGAUCAGCACCACAACCAUUUACAACCAGGCUGGCAACACCACCACAGAAAACUAAACAACAUGGAUGUAAAUCUGCGUGUAUUUAACUUGAAAUAUUUUAUUGUUCUAGAUGCAAACUUGGUAUAAAAAAUUAACAAAUAUCUUUUUUUUCUGCUCUAAACAUAUUCCAGUGUAAACAUUUGUGCUUUUAAAGCUGCUUUUUAUGUAUUUCCACAUAUUUCUGAUGACAACCAAGAAUAGGAUGCAAAUACAUGACAAAUCCAAAAAGCUGUAAGAGAUGAACAUGUUCUGAUUACAGAAGGUUUAUGAAGACGUGCAGUAUUGUGUUUUUAAUUAAUUAUAUUUGUUGCAGAUUUAUGAAGAUGUGUUUUUAACCAAUUAUAUUUGUUGCACUAUCCCAGACUAGACGGAAAUAUGUCUUUAAAAUUCAGGCCAGAGGUCUCUCUUUGAAAUUUUUAUUUCUUUUUUUCCUGUUUUUUCAAUAAUAAAACAAUAAAUGUACUGCAUGACAUAACAUUUUGCAUGAAAACCAACGCAAAGACCUUAAACAUACAUGGUUACAGAUUUGCUAUAACAUGACAUAACUCCAAUGAGCAUACGAUGGAAUAUUAUAUAUAUAUAUUUGAAAAUAAAUUCAUUUUAUUCAUUCCUAUUAUUCUUCAGCAAACAAAGUAAAUGGAAAAAGAAUCAAAUCAAACUAUCCGCCAUCUUCUGGUAGUGAUAGGAUUAAAGUGGAAGAAACAAAAACGAGGGCAUAAAUAUUUCACUUGUGGCAUACCGGAUGUCCAUAUCACUUCAAACGAUGGUGUCAGGGGAUGACAGCUGCUUCCCCACUUCAACAGAAGAUCUAUAGGAGGUCACAAAGAAUUAUUUUUGUUAAUUCUACUUUGGCUUUUUCCAUGCUUAAACAAGCCAGCCCCUCUGUUAUCUGUGUCCCAUCAAAAAACGUCUAAUGCAGUAAUAUACUGCACACUAUAUUGCAUUGAGUAUUAAGUUACUGACAUUACAGUACGCCUUUAUAUAAAUAUUUUAUUUAGUAUGUUGUAUAUGUGAAUACAACAAACACAAACUGUAUAGUGUAGACAAACUCAUUGCAUAUAUGUAAAAGUAGCGGUACAUACCAACAGUUCUUGAAAGACAUAGCCUACUACAUGCAGUUCAUCAAUGCCAUCCUCUCCCCAUGCAACAUGUGGGACAUUUUACAAAAAAAAAAAGUUGAUAACUAAAGCAACAAA